AUGAAUUAUCUGUACAGAGAAUCCACAAUAUCAAAUCCUGUAGAAAAUGUGCUGAUUAUUGGAGAUUAUUUUCUUUUUCACCAUCAUUCUACUUUAACUGUUCUCGAUCAAUCUUUGAAUAUAGUUCGUAAACGAUAUUUCUAUGAACAGAUUUUAGGUAUAAGAAAGACAGCAGAUUCAAUGAUAGUUAUUCUCUUUCACAACAAUAAACUAGUACAAUGUGAUAUUGAUUUUAAUCCCAUUGUCCUUAGAGUUGUAGAUGGAUCAAACUUUGAUGUUUAUAAUAACAUUUGUAUUGUAUACAAUAAGGAUACACUUCAAUAUUUCAAUACUAAAGAAGAGGAAAUAAGAGUGAUGAAAUUUUCUAGUUUUGCUCUGUAUAAUAUUACAAAAGCUUUAAUGAUGCCAAGCUAUGUUUCAACAUUGUUUGUUCAUUCUCAGGAUAAGGAUCAUUCAUCUGCGUGUAUAAUUAAUUUGGAUGGAAUACCUUUGAAGAUUGAUGAAUUUGAUACACUUAAUGAUCCCAUAUGUUUCAAAAUUACAGAAAAGUUCAUAGUUAUUGCAAAUAGAAAUUUUCUUCAGAUAAAAUAUAAGAGAGAAAGCUUUAUUAUAUGUUUGAAUCAAAACCUACCAUCAUCUGUUUUGAAGGAUAGUUUAAGACUCAACAUUAUUGAAUCAGUUUAUGAUAAUUACAAGGAGUCGAGGAGUAUAUUUCUUGAAAAUCCAUGCAUAUUUCUGAAGGGAGAAUCUAUCUUUGUUAUUAAUGGAAACGGCGAGUUUUUUAAUUUUCAAUUAAAACUCGAAAUUAAGAAAAUAUUGGGUGUAAAUAUUUCCUUUAUUGGAAUAAUAGGUAGGCCUAGCUGUGUUGAUUGUAAUGAAAAUGUGUUUUGUAUUGGAUCUAUUUACGAUGAUAGCAUUUUAUAUACUUUUUCAAAUAUCCAUGAUACUCGUGAAAACAAGACUGAAAUUGCUGCAGCUGAUAUAUGCAAACUUAAUACACACGAACAUAAUAUAAACAUCUACAGACAGAACAAUAUCGGCUUUGUAAUUCAUGAAAAAGCAAAGUUAAAAAAUAUCGGGUUAAUUACUGGCUUCUCAAAAUCUAAUGGGCAUAGCUUGGUACUGGCUUCUAGUAGUGGUAUUUAUAAAGCUAGUUUUAAUAUCGAAGUUCUAAUUUAUAAGAAAUAUAAAAUUGAUAUGAAAAUUACUAAAAUAACAAUCUUUGAUAAUGUUCCUAUUAUUCACACACAGAAUCAUGUGUUUAAAAUCAAUGAUGAACUUGAAUUGAUUGAAAUAAUAUAUGAUGAUAAAUUUAACAUUUAUUCUGAAGACAGAUACACGGCACUUUUAGAUAAUAAUGGCAUCUUGAGUAUAUUCUUAAAUGAGAAAUUGAUUAAAUCCUUUUCUGGAGUAGCUGCAUGGUGUUUCUAUCAAGGCAAAUUGGCUUUGUUGAAAAACAAGACUUUUGAAUAUAUAGAUAUCUCAUCGUUGAAAAUACUAUUUUCCUCACGAAAAAUUACCGAGUUUGAUAAUGAAAUUUUCAAUGACGAAAUUAUAGCCGGGCCAGAUAUUCAGGAGAUAUUAAUUCAAAACCAAGAAUCUUUGCCCAAUAUGUUGGUAAACUAUACAACGAGUGAAAAAAUACUUGAAAUUAGAAUUUUUAAAAGCACCUUUAAUUACUUUAUUUUCAGAACUACUAAGCAGCUUUAUAUUUACAAAUAUAACUGUCAAAGAUUGUUAAAACUAUUAAUACCUAGAGCUAUAAGCUUUGUGAAUGAAAGACCAGCCCUAUUUGAUUUAAAAAAUUACAUCUAUUGUAGAUCCAAGCAUCCAUGCAUUAUAGUUUUUGAUCAAGACGUUUAUGUUUAUGACACAACAAUUAAACUUGGAUUUCCCAUCUUAUUAAAUGGAUGGAUCUUUGCCACAUCAAAAGGCCAUCUUCUGAAAUGUAAAUUGGCAGAAAUUGAAAAUUUAAUUUUCACUGAGAAUUUAACACUUAAAAGGUUGUAUUUAUUUGAAAACGAAAUAACCAAAAGGAAUAAUGAAAAAAAUAAAUCUAACGACCAUAAUAACCUCACUACUUCGGGAGAUUCAAAUUUACAAUCCAUAACUGAAAAAUAUCAUAAUGCAAAUGAAACAAAAUUAGUUAACAAUUAUACCGUUAAUAAAAAUGAAGAGAGCAUUGAUUUAAUUGAAGACUAUCGCGAAAGAUUUUCAAUAAAACAUAUGAUCUCUCUGAAGGACUGCAAUAUCUUCACAGUUGCUAAACAAGUGCCUUUCUUUUAUCAUCCUUUCAUCCCAAUGGUUCAUAUCAGUGAUAAACCUGGCGGAAAGUUACAUUCAGAGCCUAUAAAUAAGGAAGAAGCAGAAUAUGUCAAUAAAAAUCCAUCUCUGAGAGGUAGAACACUGCAAUAUUCAAUAGAACUUAGAAGUCCAGAUUUUAAACUAAUUUCAAGUACAACUAUGGAAGAAAAUGAACUCAUUUGUGAUAUAAAGGUCAUAUUCAAUAAUUUUUUAGUAGUUUGCACAUCAUUUCCUGAAGGUGAAGAUAAAAUGACUAAAGGAAAGCUGAUUGUGUAUUCAUUGGUAAAUAUAGUACCCGAUCCUGACAAUCUGCAUAUUACCAAGAAGCUUAAGCUAAUAUGCUCAGAAACACUCAAAAAUCCAUGUCUUUUCUGUGAGGAAGUUAGAUCAUUGAUAUCUGUAUGUGUAGGAACUAAAUUAAUGAUCUAUGAAUUUAAUGAAAAUACAGGAUUAGCUGCAGUUGGAAGACAUGAACUAUCCUUGCUUUGUACUUCUCUUUUUGUUACAAAGAAUUUAAUCGCAGUUUCGGACAUUAUGAAUGGAAUAUAUUUUUUCUUUCUGAGACCAAGGGAUCCAUUGAAACUGCAUCUUUUAGGUCGUUCCUGUCUUGUUCCAAAUUGUAGGUUUCUUGGAGGAAUAGAUUUUUGUCCUAGUUUUGAAACAGAUGCUUUGCAAUUUUCCAUUGUGUCGGUUUGUAAAUAUGGUAUCGUCAGAAUUUUUACAUAUUCACCGUAUGAUCCUGUUUCGAAAAAUGGAAAUCAGCUAGUUAAAAGAGCAGAAAUUGUUACUAAAUUAGCAAAUCCACUAUAUAAAGUUGUAUUUGGGCAGAUUAAUGAGUUUGAAUCGAUACUGCUAUCCUCUAAUGUGAUGGUGCUCCUUCGUGCCAUCAAUUUUCCAAAACUUCAGGCCAUUCAGCAUUGCAUUUCAAUAUUUAUAUCUAAUAGAUGUGGUAUUAAUGUCAGAAAUUAUUUAGAAACAGAAGAAUUCGUUAAUCCUGAGUGUAAAAGCGUCAUAUGUGAGAAAAUACUUUUGGAAUUUUUUUAUUUCAAGCCAUUAGUUCAAGAAAAAAUAUGUAAGCUUGUUGGAUUAGAUUAUUUUAAUAUUGUUGAGUUGAUAGAGGAUUGUCUACAUACUUUCAUAUCCAGAAAACCAAUGUAA